AUGUCCACUCCAAGCCUUCGGCACCAAGUCAUCCAUAUCUACAAAGCUAACUGGAAUCCGGCCUUGCCUGUAAGAAUAGAGCUCCUCUUCCUCGGCCGCGAAUACCCUCUCGGCUACCAAUUCUUCCGCGAACGCCUACACCGCGCAUUCGCGAGCCAAUCUCACAUCACGGAUGAAGAGAAGAUUAUUGACGGUAUACAGAGGGCGGAGUAUGUGAAAAAAGGUGCGUAUUUCUGA